AUGGAGCUGCCUCCAGGGCCCUGCGACGACCCCUGCGCCUGGGACGAUGAUUCGGACCCGGAGCCGGAGCCCGACCCCGACGCGCAGGCCGAGGCCUACGUGGCCCGCGUGCUCACUCCGCCAAAACCCGGUCUGGCGCCCCCUCGCGCCUCCCCGCUGUCCACGUCCGCCGCGUCGCCCGGUGCCCUGGAGCCGCGGGCCGCGUCCAAAGUCCCGGCCAUGGGUGAGCCGGGCCUGCUGAGUCUUCCCCCGGAGCUGCUCCUCGAGAUCUGCUCCUACUUGGACGCGCGCCUCGUGCUCCACGUCCUUCCGCGCGUGUGCCACACGCUGCGCGACCUCGUGCGCGACCAUGUCAUCUGGAGGCUACGCGCGCAGCGCCGCUUACGGGCGCCCUACCCAGUGGUGGAAGAGGAGGACUUUGACUGGCCGGCGGCCUGCAUUGAGCUGGAGCAGCACCUGGCCCGCUGGGCGGAGGAUGGACGCUGGGCCGAGUACUUCUGCCUGGCCAACGGGCACUUUGCUUCCAUUGACUCGGUGCUGCUGCUCCAGGAUGGGAUGCUCUGUCUCUCUGGCUCCCGAGAUCGCAAUGUCAACCUGUGGGACCUGCGGCAGCUGGGGGCGGAGCCCAGCCGGGUUCUGGUCAAAGCCCUGGGCACCCAGCAGAACAGCACCCACAAGGGCUGGGUGUGGUCACUGGCAGCACAGGACCACCGCGUGUGCUCCGGCUCCUGGGACAGCACGGUGAAGCUCUGGGACAUAGCGGCCGAUGGGCAGCAGUUUGGAGAGAUAAAGAGCAAAGCAGCCGUGCUGUGCCUCUCCUACCGGCCUGACAUCUUGGUGACCGGUACCUAUGACAAGAAGGUGACAGUCUACGACCCCAGAGCGGGCCCGGCCCUGCUGAAGAGCCGGCGACUGCACUCCAGUGCUGUGCUGGCACUGCUGGCGGACGACCGGCACAUCAUCUCGGGCAGCGAGGACCACACCCUGGUGGUGUUCGACCGCCGAGCCAACAGCAUCCUGCAGCGGCUGCAGCUGGACUCCUACUUGCUCUGCAUGUCCUACCAGGAGCGUCAGCUCUGGGCUGGUGACAACCAGGGCCUGCUGCACGUCUUCGCCAACCUCAAUGGCUGCUUCCAGCUUGUCCGGUCCUUUGACGUGGGCCACAGGUCUCAAAUCACGGGGAUCAAACACUCGCUGGGAGCCUUGUACACUACAUCCACUGACAAGACCAUCCGGGUGCACGUGCCCACAGACCCACCAAAGACUAUCUGCACCCGAAGCCACCACAAUGUGCUGAAUGGGAUCUGUGCUGAGGGCAACCUGGUGGUGGCUGCCUCAGGGGGCCUGUCGCUGGAGGUCUGGAGGCUACAGGCCUGAGCAGGCGGAUGUGGAUGUGGUUACUGCCGGCCAGCAGGCUGGACCUCGGCCUCUGUUCUUGGGGACCUUCCCCCUUGUUGGUGCUGCCUCUGUCCCCGUCCUGCAGGCCUUGGGCGCAAGGAGCCUGGGCCACCAUCAGGCAGGGAUCCUGGGUUGGUCCCCCUGCCCUGGGAGGUGAAGCUUGGGUUGUGGCCCACCCGUGGACCUGCUCCCACCCUCAGGUCCUGGUUUUGUUAUGGCUUAGACACCCCACUCUCCGUUGAGAGCGCAGGAGAAAUAAACCUGAUGUACUGUACUGGC